UCAUCAUCACCGCAACGUUAGGAGUAAUGGCUGCGUUGGAGCUCGCUCUUUCCUCUGUUUUCAUCUGAUUCCGUUCUGCUGUGCGUCCCAGGCCGGAAUUCGACUGCAUACUCUUGCCAGCUAGCCUCGUACUCUUACCCAGCAAGGCGACGGAACCAGUGGACAAACUCAACGAUGCAUUCCGGCAACAACGUCAGCGAUCCACGUCGUACAGACAGAAUUAACAGGUAUAAGCCUCCUGCAGCCGGCACGCCUGGAGAUGACCCCACACCGGAUUACAUGAAUGUCCUUUCCAUGAUAUUCAGCAUGUGUGGCCUCAUGCUCAAGCUCAAGUGGUGUGCCUGGGUGGCCCUGUACUGUUCCAGCAUCAGCUUUGCCAAUUCAAGGAUAAACGACGACACCAAGCAGAUACUGAGCAGCUUCAUGCUGUCGAUUUCUGCCGUUGUCAUGACGUACCUGCAAAACCCUCAGCCCAUGACCAUGCCGUGGUCGUCGUGACGACGAUGGCAACACCAGCCCGCCUGCAUCCUCAGUCUUUUUGACUGCUCGGUCAGGGAGAAGCCAUGGUGCAAGCCGGAGCAGCCGCACAGCAGGCCGCGCUCAAGUCCUGCCCCCCUCGGAGGCGGCAUGAACGGCCCGAAAGACUGGUUGCAAGCCGAGAAGUCCUUCCACUCUCCAAAAAUGUGUCAGGGUUCCCAAUCGACAAAGUGCCAACAGGUUUUUGACAUGGGAAGGCAGGCAUCUCACAUUAGUUCAUUUGUUUUGGUGUAGAGGUGAAAGAAAAAUGAAAUAUAAGAACAGUCAUGCUUCA